ACCAAAAUUAUUAUGUCUACUCCAGAUUAAAACAAUUCAUUAGAUUGUGGCACUAUGUUGAAGGUUUAUGUUAUAUUCACCUUGGUGUUACCUGCGCUUGUCUCCAGUAGUGUGGAAAGCAAUGGCCGGGUUAUGGAUCACACUACCUUUAUCAGCGCAAACUGAUACAAGAAACGGUCUAUGAAUGGGGAGCAGCGAGGAUUUAGUAUCUUAACGAUUGAUGAAUUUUCACAAGCAACAAAUGUUACAAUGUAUGGUUGGCAAGUAGUCGGCAACGUAACCUACACCAAUGCUUUCCUAAACUCCAUACAGAAGCUAGAGAUCAGGAACAUGAUCCAGCACGUAUCGAGAUGGGUUGUCGAUGGCGAACGGGUUCCGAUGGCUUCCGUUCGUGGCACCCUCUUUUUAUUCGAUUCUUCAUAUGGAUACGACGUUCUCUUUGAUGAGCUGGAUGUAGGUUUGCAUAGAUUCACUGGCUCGUUUGGGUACACGAGGACUGAAAUUGUAUUUGAGAUCCAGAAAAACUUGAUCACGAAUAAGCUAUCGGCGUCAGCGACUCUGAUUAACCUAUCAGGAGGCUACGCGAGGAUGGUGUACCUUCCUGCUAACAAUAUUACCGAAGUACUUUCCAGAGAAUUUUCCGCGAUCACAGCUUUUGAGAGUAUUCGGAACUGGGCAAGAAAUAUAUUGGGUCCUAUCAUGUUGGAAAUAGCUGAAACAAAAGUCGAAUUCCCGAAGAUCUGCUUCAGUAAUAGUGUUUGUUGAUUAAAUGUUUCCAAAAAUGU